AUGUUUCUCACUAUCUUGUACUUCGCUUUGCCCUUAGUGGAUGUACUUUUGUCCGCAGAAGUCAGCGGGCUGCCUGGAGGGGACCGCCUUGACUGUGUGAAAGCCAGCGAUCAGUGUCUCAAGGAGCAGAGCUGUAGUACUAAAUACAGGACACUGAGGCAGUGUGUAGCCGGCAAAGAGAGCAACUUCAGCCGGGCGACAGGCCUGGAGGCAAAGGAUGAAUGCAAAAGCGCCAUGGAAGCUCUCAAGCAGAAAUCUCUGUACAACUGCCGCUGUAAGAGGGGCAUGAAGAAAGAGAAAAACUGCCUGCGCAUUUACUGGAGCAUGUACCAGAGCUUACAGGGAAAUGACUUGCUUGAAGAUUCCCCUUAUGAGCCAGUUAACAGCAGACUAUCAGACAUAUUCAGGCUAGCACCGAUUGUAUCAGUGGAGCCAGUACUUUCAAAGGGGAACAAUUGCUUGGAUGCAGCAAAAGCUUGUAACCUAAAUGAUACCUGCAAGAGGUUCAGAUCUGCUUACAUAACCCCCUGCACCAGCAGCACGUCUAAUGAAAUCUGUAACAAGCGGAAAUGUCAUAAGGCCCUCCGGCUAUUUUUUGACAAAGUUCCCCCAAAGCACAGCUACGGGAUGCUCUUCUGCUCCUGUCGAGACGUAGCCUGUACAGAAAGGAGACGGCAGACUAUUGUUCCUGUGUGUUCAUAUGAGGACAGGGAGAAACCAAACUGCCUGAAUUUACAAGAAUCCUGCAAGAAGAAUUACAUCUGCAGAUCUCGCCUUGCAGAUUUCUUCACAAACUGCCAGCCUGAGUCACGGUCUGUUAGUAGCUGUCUGAAGGAGAACUACGCUGACUGCCUCCUCGCUUACUCGGGGCUUAUUGGCACAGUGAUGACACCAAACUACAUAGACUCAAAUAGUCUCAGCGUUGCCCCGUGGUGUGACUGCAGCAACAGUGGUAACGACAUAGAUGAAUGCCUGAAAUUUCUGAAUUUCUUCCAGGACAAUACAUGCCUUAAAAAUGCAAUUCAGGCCUUCGGCAAUGGUACUGACGUGAAUGUGUGGCAGCCAAUCUUACCAGUACAGACCACUACAGCCACAACUACAACAGCUUCCAGACUUAAAAACACAGGUUCAGAGACCACCAACAAUGAAAUACCCACCCACAACGAUUCACCAGCAUGUGCAAACCUGCAGGCACAGAAGAAGCGGAAAUCCAAUGAAUCUGUAGAUACAGAGCUCUGUCUUAAUGAGAAUGCUAUUGGGAAAGACAACACAGCAGGAGUCUCCACCAGCCACAUAUCUUCAGAGAAUUCGCUCGCUCUUCCUAGAAGCUUCUAUCUAAGCACACCGCUCACUCUGAUGACACUUGCACUCUCGCUCUGUUUGUUCCUAAGCUCAUCAGUCGUUUUGUAGCUGCAUUACAAAAGGACAUGUUAAAAAAAAAAAAAAAAAAAUCAGUUUCCUGUCCUCUAUUGUUUAUCUGGAGUUCCAGGUCUGGGAGCUAAGCUGAGGCACUCCUGCUAGAACAGUUUCAGUCAGCUGGAAUUUUUUUUUUCUCUCUAAAAAAGCUUCUUGUGAUACUUAGAGGCUUUGUGAAAUACUUGGUGCAGUGCUACAUUCCAAACCCAAAAAGCUUUUGGGCAUGCAGUGUUUUAAGAGACAGAGUGUAAAUUUGUCUGUAAAGCGACCUGGUUGGAUUCUUUUCAUAAUUAUUAUUUUGAUUCUGGCUUUUACCUGAGAAGGAGGAUGGCAGUUUUCUUAAGAUCCUAUUUAUCUCAUUGAAUGGUUUUGGUUUUCAAAUUGAUUGAAUUUCAGCCUAUCAAGGAUGCCAGGCUUUUGUCUAAAGGUGAAUGUUCUCCCAGAGAGCAGACUUUAUGAAACUUCUUCAUUUGAGAAAUUGCUACUGCGCUACUGAUGUUAAACUCUUUCAGUGUGUUAGCAUUUUCCUCUUUAAACGUUUACGUACUGUAAGUGAUUCUGGGUUCCCUGCUGAGAAGCCAUUAUAAUUCGCAUACAGGUGUAAUGUACAUCUUUCAGUUAAAUUCUCAUAAGAAUAGAAUGUGGCAUAGAACUUUCUAACAGUACAUUUACCUUUUAAUUGUAAUCAUCUAGCCUUAACAAGGGUGAAGAUUCUUUAAAUUAACAAGAAGCAGCCAUUGUGAAAGCUUGAUAAAGAUACAUUUCUUUAAAUUUGAGGAAAAGCAGUAGAAACAAAUUUUGCUACAGGGUUUCAGCUGUAUGGUCUAUGGUCUUCUGUGCUUCCAUUGUGAUAAUAUAGUCCAGCUAUUCUACUGUUUGUUUAAUAAAAAUUACAUACAAUCUAUUUGCUCUACU